GAGGUUCUGAAUCAAUAUAUGUCUGAUCCAACAUAUAAGAAACUUGAUUCCACCAUUGUGGAAAGAGAACUAGGUCUCGAGUUGGAAUCUCAUGACAGUCAUACCUUUCUCCUUGGGUCUAGUGCGGUUUCAACCGAUGAAGAAUCACUCCUUACCGGGCCUCAGUCCCACAUUUUUGGUGAGCUAGAAGAGAGCCCUCAAGGAAGGCAUUUGGGCAUUUACUCCGUUAUGGUAUUAUACAUAUCACGGGUUGUUGGCUCAGGAAUCUUUGCUACUGGAUCGGUGAUAUUCGAGAGUUGUGGCCGGUCCCCUCUCAUGUUUGCCCUUGCUUGGGCUAUUUCCUAUACUGUUGCGAUCUGUGGAUUAUACAUCUAUUUGGAACUCGGGUCUUUGAUUCCCAGAAGUGGCGGUACAAAGGUGUUCUUGGAGUUGAUCUUCAACAAGCCUCGUAUGUUGAUGACGGUGAUCUUCCUGGUAUACUCGGUGGCAUUUGGCUUUUGUAUUCUGAGUCCUUUGGUGUUCGGAGAAUACUUUCUACGUACAUUUGAUCUUGCGGUAACUGGCCUCAGAACUCGGGCUUUGGCCAUAGGUUUUGUGACUCUCACGUGUAUGUUCCAUGCUGUGAGUACUAGACACGGAGUGAUGAUGCAAAAUGUCCUUGGAGUGAUGAAAAUUGGCCUUUUGGUGGUGCUUCUUUUGACAGGAAUCUGGGUGAUAGGUUUCCCAACCAGCAUGACGGGAGUGGAAAACACUCUUACCUGGGAAAGGUUCCACCAGGCCGAAAAACCGGUGACAAUUGCGUCGUUUUCAAAUGCUAUUAUUGUUAGUAGUUUCACGUUGGCAGGCUGGAAUAUGGGCCAUAUAAGCUCCAAUGAAGUGAAAGACCCGGUGAGAACUUAUAAGAUUGCAGGUCCCUUGUCGAUGUUGCUUAUUCUUCUUGGAUAUACGGCAAUUAAUGUCUGCUACGUAUCUGUCCUCACACCCACCGAGUUUGCAGAAAGUGGUAAUUUGCUGGGAUCUGUAUUAUUUGAAAAGGUAUAUGGAGUCCACUUUGGGAAACGAUUUUUGACCUUCUCAGUGGCCAUGUGUACCGCCAGCAAUAUUUUUGUGGUCAUCUACUCGGUUAGCAGAAUGAGUCAAGAAGUGUUCAGGGAAGGGGUAUUACCAUUUUCAGUGUUCAUGGCUUCCAAUAAACCUUUUGGUACUCCCUUGAGAAGUAUAUGUUUAUGCUUAUUUCUCUCAGUGACUAUCUUGGUGUUGGCUCCUUCUGGUGGAGUUUAUGGCUAUAUUGUUUCCAUUGAAGGUUACCCAGUACAGUUGUACACUUUAUUCACAGCCUUGGGGCUUAUAAUCUUGAGAAGACGGUAUCCUGAAACAAAAGCUCCUAUUAGAGCAAGUGUUAUUGGUGCUGGUUUGGUUGUUAUUAUAAUGGCAUAUGUUUUGGUUUCUCCAUUCUGUGGUGGUAAUCCCAACCCCAAGGGAACAGAGUCUUGGAUUUCGUAUCCUUUGGUGUCGAUUACUUUGAUCUUCUUAUACGUGUUGUAUUGGUUGGUGAUGUUUAAAUUGAUGCCAUGGAUCGGUAGGUACAAGUUGGUUUCAGAAACUCUAGAAUUGGAUGAUGGUCUCACUAUAAAGAAAUGGGUGCAAGUACCGCAAUCCUAUUUUGGGUAAAACAAAAUAAGUUUCAUACACAUUUAUAGAUUAUAGAAGUAGGCGACGUCUAUUUCAUUCAUUGGACAUCACUUUAUCCAUACGUUUGACGAAAUCCAUAAAAGUUUCAUUUCUC